UUAUUGUGGUCUGGAGCUCUCCCCGCCUGCCCAAACCCUAAUAAUAACUGCGAACUCUGCGAGCGUGAAAUAGUUUUUCCUCAUAAUACGUCUGGCGAGAGUUGAAUUAUUGUGAGUAAAUCGUUUCUCUGAUUUAAUGGGAUUUUACGUUGGUGGAAGAAACAAACACGAUGUGAUGAUGGAAGGGUAGAGGAAGAGGAGCUGCCGGUGCUAUGGAGAGGACAGGGCUUGCAGCAGGUGUGGAGAAGCCACCUGUGGCCCCUAAGCCAAAGGUUUUUCCACCACCAAAACCAAUUCUACAUCCAGCUUCAAAACACACACCUAACCUGGAAAUUUCCCAGCCACUAAAAAGCGCUGUGAAACCUGCUGUUGCACCUAAACCGUGUCUUUCUAAAACCUCUGCAUCUCCAUUAGAGCCUAAGCCCCUCGUGGCUAACACUAAGUAUCAAGAAAAGUCUGAUAUCACUAGGCAUGUGGGUUUACUGAAUUCCAGAAAUGGACCUUUUUCGGAGCUUAAAAAGCCAGAAUGGGAUUACGUCAUUCCAAUUUGUGUUUGUGCCAAAGGGAAGUGUGAUGAAUGCUCACCUAAAGAAAACAACAGAAGACCUGUCCAGAAUGGAAAAUGUGUUGAACCCUGUGUGAAUAAUAAACCUGAGGGGGGAAGCAAGACUCCCACACCAAGGGCUCUAACCAAACCUCAUGUAACAGAGGCUAACCGAGGUCAGGCAGUGACCCCAUCUGUUAAGGACUUUGUACAAGGCUCUUCCAGUGAUCAGCCAAGGCAAACAAGAGUAAUCCAUGGCCAGAGCCCUAUUCAGAAUCUCACUGUAGCUAAUGGAUCGGUAGGUUCUGAGAGACACGCAACUGAAAAACCUCAAAGCAGUGUUGAUGGUGCUCAUGUACCUCCAGCAACUGUCAUUGGCUCAUCACUGAAAAUUUCAGAGCAAGUUUUAACGAACAGCAUACAGCAUGGACAGAUUUCUGGUAAACAAAAUGACAAUUUCCCCUCUGUCGUGGCCCCUGUUACAAAGCCAAUACCACCACUGCCUACACCAAGGAAACCCAAAAACAUUAGUGACGUGACCUCAGAGGAUUCACUGGGCUCUGCUAAGGCGAGGCUUAAUGCCGUAAACAUGAAGCAGAGUAUACCAGCCCUGCCACAAAAAGGAAGACCACCAAUUACUCCCUUAAAAUCUCCUACAAAUGAGAAGAAAUCCACUAGAGGAGUUGCUGAAACCCAAUGUGACAAUGUGGCUUAUCCACGCUGGAGGUCCCCUUUUUCAGAUCAAACACAGGACCAGGAUGUGCACCAUGACAGACUCUCCGAGGAUGCUGCAAUGCACAAAAACCAGCAUCCCACAUCAAGGAAUCUGCCCAAACAACCAAAAACUAAAACAAUCAUAGCAACGGAAGUCUUCCAAUCCCCACAAAAAAACGAGGAAACCAAGCCUGAAAAAGAAAUCCUUCAGAGCAAUAACAAACACAUGGAAUGUGGUCUCCCUAUCCCUGCUGAAAGAAAACUGGGAGGUAAAGCAAGUCAGAAAAUGGUGCCCAACUCUGGAAAGCAGGAACCUAGCAACAGCACGCCAGAAAACACACCAGCUAAAAGAUCUGGCAUGAAUCUGAAGCCCAAAGCCAAGUCUUUCUCCCCAGGAGACAUGCUUCAGAAGAAUACAUCCCACCAGAAAAUAAUGGAUGUUGACCUUCAGAUGAAAAAAGCCAAGGGAAUGCAGGCUCUUAAUUGUACCUCAGUCAAGGAUGAGCAGUCAGUGGAGGAGGAUUGGCGGGCUAACAGAACCCAGAAUGGAACUCACAUUCAAAUACCAGAGUAUAAAAUGCACCUACUCAUAGUCCAUAGCAAAGAGCCAGUCUCCAAGCCAAAGUUCAGUAGCUCAUGCCAUUCAUUUCCCAAAGAACAGAGUGUGGAUGAAGAAGACUUUGUGGGAGAAACAGAAUAUGAUCAUCUAUAUGAGGAUAUUCCGGGUUAUGUGGACACUUUUCCUCCUACUAGUCCAGGGAUACAGACCCAACAACAAAGGAAAAUCCAGCGAAGACAGUUAUCCAGUAAUGACGACAGCCUGUAUGAAAUAUUAAACGUUCCUGGAGAAUGCACUGAUACUGAUAAAAGGAAUGUGUUUGAAAGGAUGGUAAGCUCAGAUGACUCUCAUUCAGAGGAAGAAAUUGAUAGUGGCUCUGAAGAAGAAGAUAUCAGUUCAUACUCCGAGAAGGGCCGGAGUCAGGAUGAUGCCAAGAGGACCAAACUGGCUCACAUAGCUAAGGAGAUCAUGAGUUCUGAAAAAGUGUUCGUGGACGUGCUGAAGCUUCUCCAUAUUACUUUUCGGGAUGCGGUGGCAAAGGCCUCCAGUCAGGCUGGGAAAGCUGUGAUUGAGGAGCGCAUACUACAGCAGAUCCUGUUUAUGCUACCACAGCUGUAUGAGCUGAACUGUAACCUACUGAGCGAGCUGGAGAUCCGCGUGGCAAACUGGAACGAACACUCAACUGUAGCUGAUAUCUUUUUAAAGAAGGGGCCGUAUCUAAAAAUGUACUCCGCUUACAUCUGUGAGUUUGACAAGAAUGUGACUCUACUGGAGGAGCAAUGCAAAAAGAACCCAACGUUUUCGAAAGUAGUUCGGGAAUUUGAGAGCAGUCCUUGCUGUGCCAGCCUGGCAGUGAAACAUUAUAUGCUGAAGCCUGUUCAGAGGCUUCCCCAAUACCAGCUGCUUCUCACAGAUUAUUUGAAGAAUCUUAAUGAAAACUCUCCAGAUUACAAAGACACACAAGCUGCCCUGAAGUUAGUAAAGGAUGUGGCAAGUCAUGCCAAUGAAACCAUGAGACAUGGGGAUAACUUCCAGAAGUUGAUGCAAGUGCAGUGCAGUUUGGCAGGACAUCAUGAGAUUGUACAGCCUGGGAGGGUCUUUUUGAAAGAAGGGACCUUGAUGAAACUCUCUAGGAAAGACAUGCAGCCUCGAAUGUUCUUCUUAUUUAAUGACCUGCUGUUGUACACCACACCACUCCAGUCAGGCCAGUUCAAACUAAACAACACGCUGUCAUUGGCUGGAAUGAAGGUCAGUAAACCCAGUCAAGAAGGUUAUCAGAACGAGCUGAACAUUGAAAGUGUUGAACGCUCUUUUAUUCUCUCUGCCAGCUCCCCUGCUGUUCGAGACGCAUGGCUGGAGGCAAUCUCCGCUGCUAUUGACAAUUACACCAAGAAAAUUAUCUCUUUCAGCUCAACCAAAAUUCAAGAAGAGGGGGACAAAGAGGGUUUGGACACUGCAGCUCAGCUGGGCUCCAAGGCUCCUAUAUGGAUCCCAGACCUGCGAGCCACAAUGUGUCUGAUCUGCACCUGUGAGUUUUCUCUGACCUGGAGGAGACAUCAUUGCAGAGCUUGCGGGAAGGUGGUCUGUCAGGCCUGCUCAACACACAAGUACCCUCUGGAGUAUCUGAAGAAUCGACCCGCGCGAGUGUGCGAUCAGUGCUUUGAGAUUCUGCAGCACAACAGCUCAGCAGGUAAUGGCGUCAUCUCUCCAAAUUCUAAACCUGGUGGCUUUCACUUAAGAAAGCAGAAGAAGAUCCCAGCGGCCCUGAAAGAGGUGUCAGCAAACACAGAUGAUUCGUCCAUGAGUGGCUAUCUAGAGAGGAUGAAGGCCAAUAAGAAACAGUGGAAGAAGUUCUGGUUUGUCAUUAAGAACAAAGUGCUCUACACUUACGCUGCCAGUGAGGACAUUGUAGCCCUGGAAAGUCUGCCUCUGCUUGGCUUCGCUCUCUUAGUAGAAGAGUCUGAAUCCUCUCAGCAGUUCAGGCUUUGCCACAAACAGAAACUCUUCUAUAUAUUUAAGACAGAUGACACUCAUAUCUACCACAGGUGGAUAGAAGCUUUCCAUGAGGCCACGGUCCUUUAGCCUUAAGAGCAAUCACUGCCAGCACAGCUAGUAGAAACUGUUCCUGAUGCAAAACACAAUACUGAAACAUUUGAAUAACUGUUCAUGCUGCAUUGUCUUACACAAGUAUCUUUUACAGUUGUUUGUAUAGCAUUAAUAAGAGACUCUUCUGUCAGUCCGUAUCAUAAGGAUUCAGUGUUUAGUUUAACUGUGACUGUGAUCUGUCUGGAAUUAUUUAUGCUGACUUUGUAUUAGAGUUUGAGGUUGUAGCUGUUCAGAAAAGCUUUAUUUUCCUUAUCAUAUGUAUAUAUUGUAUUUGGUGUGGAAUGUAUAACUGGUGGAGAAACAUCAAACCGUUAUUUCAAUUUCUCUGUACUAAAUAAAUGUAUUUUUUCAUACAAGGUCCA